UCCCGACAGCCACCAAAAAUUGCUCAAAUUUAAAUGUCCGACCAGCGAUCGCGACACUUUCGUCGUCCGGCAGCGGAAAUAGUCCGUGAAUUGCGGAAUCUUCGAUCCUCGCCCCUGCGAAUCGACGACGAGAACGAGGCAUGGAUGGAUGGCUACGAGAAGCCUCCACCGCCAGAUCUCCCAGUGACCAGUCGCGAUCAAUUGGAGCAGCUACAACUGAGCCGCCAUCGAAUCGGCCUGCUACUGGUCCGCCCGUCCUUCGAACAGGCCGUCACUGGGUGCUUUGUGCGGGUGAACAUCAAUGGGCAGGAGGAGUUGCCUGAUCAUCGGAUCGCCGAGGUGCUGGGCACCUGCGAACUGGACUUUGGCUACAAGGUGGAGCAGAUACCCACCAAUGUGGCGCUGAGACUGCGCUACGAGGACCUGGAGGUGCAGCACGAGAUCAACGAUGUAUCCAACUUGGCCUUCACCCAGGAAGAGUUUGAGCUGUGGCGCGAUAAUUGCGUUAAUCAGGCCAUCAGUCCACCCACCACCCACACGAUGACGCGCAAGAAGGUCGAGCUAUACAAUGCCCUGCAGUCCGAGGCCAAGCCAUUGGCCCUGAUCCAAAGGACCUUCGCCUUCGCGUUGAGGCCUCCGCAGAAGAGCGGCAUCAUGGAGCGGCAUGGCGCCGUUUAUCCUUGGCGCUUGAAGCAUCCCCUCCGGUUCGCUCCCGAACCACCGACCACAUCGCCGCCCGAAAAUCCGCCCAGCGGUCCCACCUAA